AUGGUUGAAUCAUAUUCUGCUAGGGCAUCUGAUCUCCCUCGAAUUGAAAAAAUACCAACUGAUAGGGAUGUCCAUCCUGAAAGCCCUAUUGUUGUUGAAGAGGAUCUCUUUUUACAUCAAUAUGAAGAAUUUCAUGAGGAACAUGUCGGUAAGACCCUUGAGGAAGUCAUCUCUCAUGGCUUGGAAGAAAAUAAUCAAGGAAGAAUCUGGAUUGUCCCUAUUCGUCAGAAUUCGAUCGAGUCAGUCGAGAGCUCAGACUCUCUAUUGUUUGCUAUCCAUCUGAUGCUUGAGAGAGACAGAACUGAUAAGGCGUUUGAGUCCAAUAUGACUAGGGAGCUAGUUAAGAAGAACAAGUUGUUGGAGGUGAAACAUUCUACUGAGAAGGCUAUGGUAGAGGAGGAGUAUGAAGAUGAUAUAUUGGAGAGCUAUUUAGAUGGAUAUGAUUCCUUCAAAGCUAAAGCAAAGGAGAAGUAUGGCAACCUCAACUUUGAUUCCUUCAAAGCUUCUUUUGAUAAGGAAGACCAAGAAGGAGUUUGA